CUCCUCAACGAGUUGCUCAUGUUUAGUUAGAAUGACAUCCGUCGAAAAGGAGGCAGAAGCUUCUGGUUUCCAGCGCGUCGUGCUAAAGAACGCUUCACCGUACCAGUACAUGAAAGUCCGCCUCGUUCUGGAGGAUGAGCGGACCAGACUGAGCGCGGUCGAGCUGAAGAGUUUCAUCAUCGCUGGCCUGAGGCGUCUGCACGGAGAGGUGGGAGCGGCGUUGAACUUUGACGUGUUGAAGUUUGACGAAGACUCCCUGACGGCUCUUCUUCGUGUUUUCAGCAGGGGUUUAGUGAAGCUGUGGAGCUCCCUGACCCUGCAGGGUUUCUACCAGAACCAGGCCUGCGCCUUCAGAGUCCUGCAGGUGUCUCCGUACCUCCUGGCGCUGACAGGAAACAGCCGGGAUCUGCAGCUGGACUGACGCAGGAGGAGGCG